AUGAAAAAGCAAAUAAACCUGAUGAAAUUCCUACAGAACUGUUGAAGCUUUUAAAUGAUAAAUCCGUAACCAUAAUAUUACAUCUAUUCAAUACAAUAUACAGUACUGGUAUAAUACCUCAAGAAGGGUUGCUGUCUACAUUUGUCACCAUACCCAAGAUAACUAAGGCAACGCAAUGUUCAGAUCAUCGAAAAAAUCUCCUUGAUGAGUCACCUGCUUAAAAUAUUUCCUAGAGAUCAUCCACAACCGAAUCUGUCAAAAGUUAGAUAUCGAUAUUUACGAUACACAGAUGGGAUUCAGAAAAGGAUUAGGUACAAGAGAAGCACUCUUUGUCUUAAAUGUCCUAACACAGAAAUGUCUAGAUAUUAACCAAGAGGUGCAUGCCUGCUUUAUAGACUUUGAAAAGGGCUUUGACAAAGUAUGCCACAAUCAAGUCAAAGAAAUCCUGGAAGGUAAGAACAUCUACACCAGAGACAUACAAAUAAUAUUAAAUCUGUACUGAAAUCAGCAAGCUAAUAUAAA